AAUACAUCGAUUUAUAUCGCGCAUCCCUGUCACAUGGUCUCUUUCCUGUUUUGUUUGAUAGCGUGCAAAGGUGGUGUUUUCUAUAUUUAAUAAAAUAAUUAUGCCACGUGAGAUAAAAGAAGUUAAAGAUUUUCUCAACAAGGCCCGCCGUUCUGAUGCGCGUGCUGUCAAAAUAAAGAAAAAUGCUGCUAACACGAAGUUUAAGAUUCGUUGUUCCCGCUUCUUGUACACCCUAGUCGUGCAAGAUAAAGAGAAGGCAGACAAAAUAAAGCAAUCGCUACCUCCAGGUCUGCAAGUCAAAGAGGUCAAGUAAUAUGAGUUAUUCUGACGUCAAAUACAUAAUGUGGCUUUUUAUAUUACUCUUGAAAUAAAAUUGCUUUAAAAAAAAGCCAUCAAGCAGUUCAAUAUAAUCUUAAAGAA